UUUUUAAAUCAAUUGAUCGUUCAUUCACCGCUGUUGUUUUCGUGGUGUUUUAUGAUAAAUAACAAAUAAAUAUACGAUUAUUGCGAAAUAAUAAUCAAAUAACCGCGAUGGUCAGCAAUAUUUUUAACUAGUGCAAUAAUAAUAUACUUAAAACAAGAGACUCCAAAUUUGGUCACGAUAUAGAAAGCUAACUUUGUGCAACCUACCUGCAUCGUCGGGCAUAUUUUCGUAAAUAAUUAUUGUGACUCGUCGAAUAUCUUUUUUAUUGUAAAUGGACUUAUACGCAGCGGAUACUUUGUGAUGCGUAAAAUAAUCGCUUACUUGUGACUUUGCUUUUAUUGAGCCGGAUAUUUUGGAUUAUUUUUGAUCUAAUGACUUGACGUGCGCAUCACAAUGACGUCGUUCGCAAACAUGACGCAGUCGCUGGCGGCGAGUCUGCCCGCCACCUCCACCUCGGCCUCGGGCUCCAGCCACAACGCGCCCGAGCCCGAGGACCCCGUCGCCAUGUCGCAGAUCAUCUGCAACCUCAUCGAGAACAUGAACAAGCCACCCAGCCUGCAAACCACGGCUUCAACCUCCUCGACAAUACCUUACGACAUCUGGGCGCUGCCCUCGUGCUCCUUACAGAACGCCACUAUACCUAGUAUUCGUGAGUACAACACUGUUUCUAAUAAUAACAAUCAGAGCCACACUAAGGAAGACAACUCGAGCGGAUCCCCGGGCACCUCUUCCUCCGUAUCGAUCACCUGCUUCCGCUGCGAAGAACGCACCCCAACAAUGCGUUGUUUGGAAUGUAACGAUCUCUUUUGUCAUGAAUGCUGUCAUAAAGUUACUUCAGAUUGUCAGUUGAGAGAGCACACUUUGCUGCCUAUCCAUCAAAUAUCACCGAUAGGCGCUAGACCCAACUCUGUCACUAACGACAAAGAAGUCAUGUACUGUGAGUUGCACGGCGACCCCGUUAGGUUUUACUGCGAAGCGUGUAUAAUAUUUAUCUGCCAAGAAUGUACCUUGUGGGUUCAUAAAGAUCACUGCUUUUCCCCAAUUAAAGGUGCGCUAGAUGUGUGUAGAAUUGGUGUUUUUAGAGCUAUAGAAGACACCAAAACUGGGACGAAAGCAAUAAAAACUGCUAUAGAUCGUGCUGUCGCGAUGUCUAAGGCUUAUGAAAAGGAAACCGCAGAAGCUAAUAUGAAAAUACGUAAAGCUAUGCGCUGUUUUGCACAAGCGAUUGAAGAUCGUGAGAAAUAUUUGUUAGAUAAAGUAGAAAAAAUGCGUCAAGCUAAGAUGAAUGAAUUAACAGACCAUAUGAACACUCUUCGUGGUAUACUAGCUGGAUUGGCGCAUACUAAUGAAACUUUAGUACGUAGUAUGGAUUCUGAGGGACUUGAUUUAUUUAUGGCCAAGGAAAAAGGACGUGCCCAAGUAGACUAUUUCUCUUGUAUGUUUAAGAAUAUGUAUGUAACAGAAGAGCGUAUUAUGUUCAUACCUCCUAACUAUGAUUUAGUUGACCAGAUAAAGAGACAAUGUGACGUGCAAUCAGCUCCUGCAAAUGCAAUGCAUACAUUAAGUUCAUCGUCUUCGCUACAAUCAAGACAGUCUUUACUACAUUCAUUGCAAGCAGCUCAAACAUUUCCACCGUUAUCUUAUCAAAUGUCUGCGGCCAACAGCUUAAGAUCCUUACCAGACUAUACGAACCACACAAGAUCUACUAACUAUUAUGAUCAUAGUAUCUCUUCUAGCAUAGCGUCUUUGGAUGUAAACUCAGCUCGUGGUAUCGGUCAAGCAAUACCGGGAUAUUGGAUGUCAGUUUCUGUAAAGCCUACAAGAAGCCCGGUCUCUGGCGUGCCGAUAUUUUCGUUUGGCAGAGAAGGUCAAGAUGAGGGACAAGUGUCGAGACCCUGGGGUUUGUGUGUAGAUCGUGAAGGAAAUAUAAUCGUUGCAGACAGGAGAAAUAACCGCAUACAGAUAUUUAACGGUCGUGGCGAAUUUAGAACCAUGUUCGGUUCUAAAGGAACUGGCCCAGGGGAGUUUGAUCUUCCUGCAGGCAUAACGACGGAUACUUAUGGACGUAUAAUUGUUAUCGACAAGGACAAUCACAGGGUUCAAAUAUUCACCUCGUCUGGUAAUUUUAUCUUGAAGUUUGGUUCCUUCGGAAAGGAAUGUGGUCAGUUCCAAUAUCCGUGGGAUGUAGCUGUUAAUACUUUAGGCAAUAUCGUAGUAACGGACACUCGUAAUCAUCGAAUUCAAUUAUUCACUAGUGACGGUACAUAUAUAACUAAAUUUGUAUUUGAAGGAGCUAAUCCUGCAAAAAUGCUCAAAGGGCCGACGACUCCUAGAGGUGUAUGUUUUACUACUUCUGGUAAUAUAAUUAUAUCAGAUUUUGAAAAUCAUCGCUUGCUCAUGGUAGAUCCGACGCUUUCGAAGGUUUUGCAUUGCGUAGGUCGUGAAGGGUCAGCAAUCGGCGAACUUAACCGUCCGUCCGGAAUAGUAACCGACGAUGACGGGCAUAUUAUUGUAGCUGAUUCUAAAAACCAUCGUGUACUAGUAUUUACAUCGGAGUUGCGUAUUCUAUGGGCUGUAGAUUUGAAAAGUCCCGGCCUGGACGACAAAGACCGACCCAGCGACGUGGCGCUCACCCCGGAAGGGUUCCUCGUAGUGUUGUUCGAAACCUUGCCUGACACCGCCCGCGAUAUAACCUCUCACGGCAAACAAUAUAUCAAAGUAUAUUGAUACCGAACCAUAUGUUAAGUGUAUUGACAAAUGUAAAACGCCAAGUGAAACUAACGACGUGGGCCGAAGGUCCAUCAAAUUUUAUGUUUGUUUUGUUUAAUUUGUGAUUACUUUCAUAAUGUGCCAAUUUUAUUAUUAUUAAUGUUUGAAAUCUGAAUCGAGCAUAGCUUGUACGGAGGAUUUUCGUUUGUCAUUGACAUUAUGUUGAGUGCAAAUUAAAUUCUCCUUAAAUUAAAAAAAAAGAUGAAAUUUUUGUUACCAUAUUUUUUUGAUUUCAGUUUCAUGUGGAACUAGUCUUUAAAGACCAAACUUUGUUUGCAAUGUUAUUUUACACAGUAAUUUUGCACCGCUUGCUAUAGCUGUAAUCGUGCUAACUAAAAUCAGACAAUCUAAUCAAUCAUUACACGAUGAUCGACGGUCGAAACUUUGAGUUUGGUUUUAUGCAUUGCAUAAACAAAAGUAUAAAACGUCAACAUUAUUAGAGAUAAAAAGAUCACAUUGUGAUUUAAAAGAUGUUUUUAUGUGAGAUAAUUUAAAAAUUUAACUUGAAAAGUAUUUUUUUCAAAUGUUACUUUUGCGUUUUUUUAACUUGGUUAAAUAAAUGAUUAAAUAAUGCACGCGUUGAUACGUAUUCUUAUAUUAAGUUAUUUUGCAUACUUUAUGUACUUUAUAUUAUAUAUUUUUUUUAAUAUGCAGUGAAUGCUCUACGCAAGGACUGUUGAAAAUCAUUUAGUUCGUAGAUUUUACUUGAUUUAGAUGUUUAUUUUGUUUAAGACUUGAGGCGUGGAAAACGUGUAAAUGAAUUAAGAAAUUAAUGCAAUAAAACUUGGAGACUGACUAGAAGACUGUCUUAAAGACGUGGUUCCGUAGCGGGCGGGGACAGGUGUCGCGAUCCAACGCGUUAAGUUAUAUGCAAUUUUUUAUUACCAAAUUGUAGGUAUUAUAUUUUGAUGGUGAUUUUAUUGGCAAUUUAAUGUUCUUUUUGUUUGCAUUAUUUAAUAAAUUCACACGUAAUGUUUAUUUAAUUGUCGCAAUUAUUUACAUUGUGUGUAAUGAAUUGGGCUGCAAUUAAAUCGACGUUCUCUACAUCGUUACAUGUAACGUAUAUGUUUGGUAUUCCUUGAUGUAGUGCUAUAGAUGAUAAUAAUUAAUCACUAGCUAAUCGUAAGAUCCUAUAUCUUUAAUAACUUGUACUUAUGUUAACGUCACCCGUGUCCACAAACAUCACCGUGAAGUCCACUGCAGAUUUGUUACGUUUACAUUAUAUGACAGACAAAAUUCGAAAUCUUACUGCAUAUGCAUGAGCCACUUUCAUAAUAACAAUCGAUUGAUUUUAUACGUCUUUAGGAGAUACAUAUUUUUAUUGGUUUGAGUUGUUGAAGAUUUACGAGAUAAUAUCAACUUUUAAUAAACUGAUUGGUUCACAAUGAUGCAGUGUAAGACCCAUUGUAAUGCUAGUGUAUAUGGGUGCAAGUCAUGGGUGUAAAACUCGAUGAUUUAAAAAUUAGCUAAUUUAUAGAUAUUCUUCUACAUAUUAUUUUUUUCAAUUAAUAAUAACGUGUCGUUGUAGGUAACUUGUAUACAGUCAAAAAUUUGUGUUAGUCCAAAUAUUUUAGCAAAAUUGUUUCUCCAAAAUUUUAUGAAUUGUCGCAUAGUCUAUUUUUUAAAUGUAUCGUCGGAUGGUUCGACUGUAUAAUUAAUUAUUAUGAAUUAGAUUUAAUACACUGUGUUCAGUCAAUAUGUGUUCACUAUUUUAAUAUAAGUUUAGCAUAAUACUUUCGAAUCGAGCGGUUCGGAUAGCGUCUUAUUACUCGUAUGGUAUAGUUUAACUGCGUGUUGUAGUUUUUACUCACGUUGAGGUCUCGCUUCCGAUGCGGGGUGUAAUUCCGCGCUGGCUAAAUUGUAGUUUGCAUUUACAAGCUGCCUUUGGAACAUUUUAAUGUAAGCGUUCGAAUAACUAUAUUCUAAGCAAUCGACCCCAACAGACUUCCUUGUGGGACGCCUCAUGAGUAACUUGUAUUUAUAGAUUAGUCUAGACUCUAGGGCUACGGCACCAGUAUCAUGUUUAGACGAGCAUUUAUCCGUAUUCUAAAGAAACUUCUAUGUACCAAAGCUAUAUUAACUUGUAUAUCGACUGUAAGCUCACGCUCUCAACAGAUGUAAUCUUUGAUCAAACCUAACCGCUUUGUACCUAUAAUCUUUAUCUACUAUUAAAUUAGUCAACUUAUCAAUAUAUUACAAACUUACAGUGUUAAUACAUCAAUGAACUAGAAUGUAGUCUGUAAAGAUUUGCGUUAAAUCAAUGUUCCCAAUAAUAUUGAGCAUAAAAUGUAUUAGUUAAAAGUACGAUUAGUAUAACGUUUUACGUCUAUAUUUAGAUUUAGGAUAGCGUAAGAUGCUUGAAGACGUCUUUUAUAAGUAUCAUCGUGAGAACUGAUAGGCAUCUGAUAUAUAAUUUUCCUAAAGUUAAAAAGAGUCAAUAACUCCCCACAUCACAAAGUUUAUAAAUUAGUCGCUUAUCAGUUCGAUUGCGAUCUAAGGCCAUUUAGUAAUCCUUUGGUAGCCUCUGCUAACAUUUAGUCAAUUUGCGACACGCUUUGAUAACUGACCGCAAACUGAACACCAACAAAGCUCUUAUAGUUGUUUCUGCUGGUGUAUGCUUAUUAGUCAUAAAAUAUGAGGAAGACAGUUGAGAUAAAGCGUGUAAACAAACUAACGUAGCAUGCGAGGAGAUACAACAGUGAUAACAAUUGUUGCUUCUCUCUAUAUUGCUAUAAAACUGUAAAGUUUAUUAGUCUUUAUUGGUAGACCAGAGAUACUUUGGUGUACAAAUAAAGAAAUAACGCAAAAAAACAUCACCACCAACUAAAACACAUUAGGAUGUAAGAAUACAUUCAUUGAAUUCUGGGAAAAGUGGAAUUUUCGUCAUGACCGAUAAUAAUAAUUGGUUUAGUAAAUGUCGUGAUGAUUAACACUUUUUUUGAACUUUUAAGUGUGUAUUUCUUUGUUUCCUUCAGUAUGAUGCCACGUUUUCAGUGGGUUUUAAUUUUUUUUUUAUUUCGAUAUUCGUAAUUUUAUGGAUACAAAUGUUAGUAUUGACUAACAAUGAUUACUUUGUGGUCUAAUUGUCAGCCUUUGCACUGGCUAAUUUUAAUUUCGCUAUUACUAAAGGCACAUUUAGAACAUGCAAAUAUAGACGAUGAACAUUUUUGUGCAAGUUGAAACAAUCAAUCCAGGAGAGACUGAUAGUUUCAACUUGCACAAAAACGUUUUGCAACCUCAUUGGUAUAAUAUCGAUAUGACGUGUAGUAGCUUUUACGACAAAAAUAUUUACAAUAUUUACAAUAUACAAAUUUUGACUGCUAUUUGAUAAAAUUCAUAGCUCUUUUUCUGAUGCACGUUAAAAAAACGUCGAGUGCAGAGGUGUGACAAUUUUUAGUAUUAACAAUUGUCAAACUAAUUUUCUUUUGUGGGUGAAAUUAAAUUAUAAGGUAUGAUAAAACAAAAUGAAGUAAUUCAUGCGACUGGAAAUAUUAUAGUCUGAGUUAACUUAAAUUCUAUCAGUUAAGGUCGGAAAAAUUGUUGUUUGGAGUGUUUUGUACGGCUAAAUGAAUAAUCGUGUUGUGCGACGUAUGCUUGGCACUGGGUCUCUGUAGAGUAUGAUAGUAUCUGAUCAAAGUAUGAGAUGUUCAAUCAUAUGAUGAACACUGUUGUUCAUCAAAGCUUACUUUCAUGUCAUAGUAGUUAUUUCGUUACCAUUUUCUUACAUGGCAAACGCCACAUUUGGAUUUUUAAAAUCAAUGAUUCAGUUUCUAAAUCAAGUCAAAGUUCCUAUCGCAUCGCACUGCGUUAUAUCAUUUAAAAAAAGGAUCACAUCUCUUCAAGAAUAAUUAUAGAUAAAAAUUUCGUAAUAUUUAAAUUGAUAUAAUUUAUAGUUAAGUGUUUCACAAAUUUGAUUAUGAGCAUCUUGAAAGUUAUGCGAUGGAAAAAGCUGCCAAUUUAAAAUAUUCUUUAUAUCUUUCAGCAAUAUAAAGGAAAAGCUAUUAUGACUAUUGAAUGUAUCGCCUCUGAACAUGGGUAGUAAUGUAUUUAGUGUGAACGGCAAAAACGCGGUAGAAAAAUAACUUUUAUACUGGUAUGUGCAGUUUUUUGCGUCUUGACUGUCAAUUAACAAAAUUCCGCGGAGGAAUAGCUUUAUGAUUUUUAUUUUUAUUUCGUAUCACUAAUAGAUAAAAGUGAACUUGACUUACUUUUGUUCAGUGCCAUUAUAAAGUAUUAUAAUAAUAUUAUUAUUAUUUUAAAAAUAUUUUUGUUUGUGCAUAAAAUGCAUGCUUUUAUAAGAAAAAUAUCAAAAUUAUCUUGAAGUCCAUUGAAAAUCUUACAUUUUAUGUUUUUUUAUGUGUGAAUCUCAGAGUCAAUAUUUUGUCAAAUAUUUAAAACAUUAUAGUGGUUUUUGCAAAGCAAAUUACCUCUAAAUACCAGCGGAUUGAAUUUUAUUCAAUAGAUUUAAACAAGUGGUGACGUAUGAAAAAUGUGGCGACCAAUGUUCGUACCUAAAUCUAAUGACAAAAUGAAUGCUGUCUGCGGCUGUGUGAGUUCUUUUACUUUUUUUGACUUGUACUUGAAAAAUAUACUUAAAUCCAGUAUGUACUAUGAAUUUGAAAAAUCACAGGAAACGGUAUUAAUGAUUAUACAGAGGCUUUUAAAUGAUCUUAAUUGUUUAUUAUCACCGGUUCAGAUAAUAAAGAAAAAGUUUCACAGUUGCUGGCUACAUACAAAAUAUGCAAAAUUUUCUGCAUUUAGACUCGGCUUCCAAAUAAUUUAGGUUUUCACAUUUUACAUACUCACUACUUGUCUAAAUGUUACCAUUUAUUACCUUGUAGGCUUUCUGUCAUCUAUAAAAACUGUUUGGUGAUGUGAUAGAAAUAUUGCUUUUAUCUUACACAUUUCUCUUGGAUGUUGCACAUUGCACAAAUUUGUACAUUCAUUCUCAACUUAGAUUUUUGUGUAAAUUAAAUCAAAAGUAUCUUUGGCAUUUUAUUAAUUUUUCGUAUAUUUUUUUACAUUAACGAGGUUCGAUUGUUUUUUUAAUGUAGACCUUCGUAUAAAUUAAAUUUUGGAUUGUCAAAUUUAAAACAGUAUUUUAUUUAUGAUGUAGCAAUAUCUUCUGUCAUAUCAUCAAAUGCAAGUUAUAAUAAAUACUACAGGUUCUUAGUUAACAAAUGGUUGGCGCUAAGCGACUAAAUAUUACUUAAUUCAUUCUGUAACCGCAUUUAAUUUGGUAAUCGUAUUUAAUUCGGUAACCAUAUUAUUCGGUAUGAUUUAGUUAUGUUUCUUAGAUUUAUUUUGUUACUUGGUUUAGUGGGUGAAAUUAUUGCGCUUUAGGGUGGCUGCCUAAAAAUAAGUCUUCUGGAGCCUUUAUAUCUCGGUGUAUUUUAUACGCUGUUUAAACUGGUUGGUGUUUCUUAGUGCAAUAUACAAUUUCUUUAAACUAGAAUUUGUAGAAAACUGAUACUUUAAAGGCUUAACUAAAUAGUACUUUUUGCAAUUUUGAUUGGUUGACUUUAUGACACUAUCUGGAAUUACAAAUUAAAUGUAAUAUUAAAAUAAAUGCUGAGAUGAAUUUCUUAUUAUAUUUUCUGUCAGAAUGAUGAUGACAGUGUCCUAAUAAGCCACAAGGGUAUAGCAGACAGUAGUGGAGUAGCCGCCCUAACUCGCAACCACUUUUUAAAAGUGAGCCGAAAUUCAGCGCAAAAAAAAAGUUCUGAUAUAAUCAUGAAGUCAAAUGAUUUGAUCGCCAGUAAACGAUAUGAAGUAUGUGAAAGCUGCUAGUUGCUAGCAGUAAAAAUUGUAGUUUUGUGAUAGAUACAAUAAAAUUGAGAGCGUAAAUAUUGAUGCGUGGCGAUAAUUUUGUACGAGUUUUUUAAACAUUCGAUGUAUCGGCAAAUGGUGUAUGUGGUGGUAACGACGCCCUCAGAAGGUCGUGGGUGAGACGCAAUAUAAACUGCAUAAUAAUACAAUUGUAAUAUGAGAGUGUAGUUAAUUGUAUUUGAGCCAUUCUAUUUGUACUAUUUUUAAUGUUUAACUAAUCGCUUGUGUUGUGUUAGUCCUAGCGUAAUUUUAACAUUCAUCCUCCCCUAAGAAUCGUGUCGUAAGGCAUUGGCUGUAACCUCUAAAUAAAACUAAAUUGACAGAUUAAACUAACUGCCUUUCAGAGUAUCUUAAUUGUAAUAAGCGAUAAAGUUACUAUUAUAUCUGUCGAUUUUGUUUUUUUUUUUGUUUUGACAAAGUAUUUGUCUACAUCAAAUUAUCCUUAGUGUCUCAAAAUUUCUCAGUUCUAUUGCAAAAAACUAAACUAAAUCUCCGAAUGAGUAUACUGAAGCAUAACCUAAUAAUUAUUCAGGAUCAGGAUGUCGUUUCUCAAUAUGGACUAUACAAAAUGUUAAGUCAGGGGAUUUUCUUUUUGAAGUACCAGUAACGGGGUGCCUUUGCAAUAGAAGAUAAUAGAGGAAUAGGAAUCAGUUAAAUAAUCAACAGAAUCCUUUCAUUUAAUUCCUUGAGUUUUUUUUUAAUUAACGCGUCAUAAUUUGACACUGAAAAAUUAUUUACUAAAAAAUUAUGGUUGUUCCCGUCACUUAAGAAAAUACCGUAAUUCUUCAGAGUACUCUUUUACAGAGAACACUAAGUUUUCUUGCAUAUUGAUCAAUAUAUUUUCCUUCAGUUAUUUCCUAACAAAAAUAAUUCCUGAUACUCCUGAUAUCUCAAGAUAUGCUGUUGUUUCAGAAACUUCUGAAACAAGUAAGUACUCGGAUAUAAUAGACAUGUUUAUUAUUAAUUUCUUGACACUAUCGAGGGGGGUGAUGAAUGAUAGCGUAAUUAGUAACUAGUAGUAGUAUUUGUAAACGAACCUCGUUGAGGAACAGGUCAGUCUCGACCUGUGCUCUACGCGAGGACCAACGUGCUUAGAAGCAAAUGACACACCCCUAAAUACUGUUUAUAUUAGUACGAGAUACGGUAUAAAAAAUAUAUACCCUCAUCUGUUAUUUAUUUGGGAUAAGAAUUAAAUGAUGGAAAAAAAAUCACAUUGACACAUUGCAAGUACGAAUAGGUUUUCUAGUAAAAUUGCAGCCGAACUGUUACAUGAUUAUUUUUUUUUAAAUUACUUCCCAGGUUCAUUAAAGAAAAUCGUACACUAUUUAAAAUAAUAUAUCCAACAGAAUAUAAAACGUAAAAGUUGCUUGCUUUCACACUGCAACUGUUGGGUUGCGAGAUUACUGAUGAGGGUAUAUAAACAGUUGUGUAAUGUUAUUUAUAUACCCUCAUCAGAUAUUGUCUAGUGUGUCAAAUUAAAGCUUAUUUUGUGCUUAAUUUGACUGUCUUAGAAUGAACUAGAUCAAAGGCAACCAUUUGAUCUAAAUCAUGAUUUCCUAGAUUUUGUAUGAAAACUGUGUCCGGCCGCAAUUAAAUAAGCUACCUAUUUGCUACUGUGGACAUAUCAUUUAUUUAUUAUCACUAAUAAAUAACAGAUGACGGUAUGUAUUUCUAAUGCCGGAUUUUGGACCAUAUUUGCCUGUGUAGACAAGACUGUGUACAAAAUGCGAGCGUUUGCGACGUCACUUCACACACAACGUCAUUGUUCUAACUAACGAUGGUAUCUGUUUGAGUAUAUAGUAACAAUACGUAGAAGAAUGAUAACUAUUGCACUAUUAUUAAUUCCAGUCAGGAAAAUGACAAGAACAACUGUCACUGAAAUGCUAUUUUACUAGUAAAAUGACAUGACAGUGACAGUUGUACUUGUCAUUUUACUGACUGGAAUUAAUAAUUGUACAAUAAAUUGAUUUCUACCUGUAAAUAACUUGUUGUAGGCCUGUAGGUGAAUGAUGAGGGCAACGAAUGAAACAAUAUAUCGUGAAGACAAAUCGACCAAUUGCGACCGAACUGGAAAUAUCGCUGUCUCUCUCUGACGCAACGAACGAGAUAUAUCCGGUUCGGUGCUAUUGGUCGAUUUUUCUUCCCGAGAUUAUAUCGGGGCUGGGGGGUCGAGUAAACUAUCAAGUACGCACACAAGAAGCAUAAUAAACCAAAAAAUGGCAAAACCUCUGUAGGUACAGUUGCUUUCGGAAAUCCAAUUAUUAUUUGUUUGACAUUUUUUUUAAUUUUGUAUAUGAAACAUUAUAAACAAUCUGACAUCUAAUUGCUUUUUGUGUGGGAACACAAAAUAGCAGUUAUUGUAUAAUUUGACAAAUUUACUUUUAAACAGAUUUGAUGAUUAUUACGUUAUCAUAACUAAAUUAUUUGUUUCUGUGUGUAUAUAAAUCGGAGAAAUUGUACAAUUGGGAUCAUUAUAUUGCUUCUUUUUACACAUCAUGUACAUCUAUCUAGAAAAUUCUAAAAGGUUUUGUGUCUACUUAAGUAUAAAGGUUAAAGUAUUGGGGCAAUGUGUCUACUUCUCACGUUGGUGUAAGUUGUGUUCAGUGUUUUAAGUAAACCGUAUCUACCUCACUUGUAAUACAUUAAAGACUGAUUGGAAUUAAUGCGAUGGUGGUCUGAUCACCACUUUAGAAGUCUGUUGUCUACUAGAAUAAGCAGAAUCCUUACGGAACGAUGUGUUUGUCUUCUUUACUUAAGAUAGCGUCCAAAUGUCCUGGUGGAUUAUUAUUUUCUUUUUUUUUUUUUUGAAUGUAAAUUGACCGUUUCUGUCUGUCGACAACAGUCUAUCUUUUUUCGUUUUAUAUCUCUAUAUAUAUUAUGUUACACUUCUGUAAUAUUGUUAAAAGAAGACUGAUAUUUUAUAAAUGUUCCUAUAUUUUAAUUUAGAAUAAUUUUACUGCCUACCAUUAUAUUUUCAUUUACGUUAUUUUUAUCCUUUCGGUAAUAAUCAUUACUUUGAUUCUUAUAAUCUUAUCAAUUGUGCAUGACGCUAUAUAUGUCAUGGAUUUUUUGAAAUUUUUAAUGGAAUUUUGUAUGAAAAUUAAUCAAGUGAUUGAUAGAAAA